GUGAUCGUCUCGAACGGACGUGUCUGUGGAUGGACACUCAUGUGGUCGUGCUUUGAGCAAAAGAGCAGGUCCUGUUUAUGAGCUGAUGUGCUAAUACCACCCAGGGAAAACGAAGAAGACAAAGUGUGUGCCAGUGUGUAUGUGUGUGUUUUUUUGGAGUGAAAUUUAAAAGUGCAAUGAAUAAAAGCAACCGCACGAAUGCCGCACGGAAGACAACGCUGAUGGCUUAAAUUUCCCUGUGACCUAAUAAAAGUUUCGAUUCGCUGAGUGUGUGGUGGAAGUGGUGGAAAAAGUUCAGCAGUGUCAUUUCAUUUUGUGACCUCAUAAUUCCUAAUUAUUAUGUGCAAAAGCCAAAGUUGUUGUGUUGUGUUGUUAACGCGACUGCUCGAAUGAAAAUACUCGAACCCACCAAGAAUGCCAGUACCGAAGUUUGGCCAGCGCUGAAAGCGACCGCAACCACAAGCGCAGCUGUGCGAGAACGAUAGACCUCGGACGAGGGAGGGAUUUACAACCUUCUUCAAUAUUUAUUGCCUACUUUGAGCGGGACGAGCCGUUUUGAAUUUGCAUCGUCAGCAUGACCACGGCGCAGGAAAGCCGUUCCGCCGCUCGAGCCCGUAAGCGAAGAAAAAGGAUUCACACCGGUUUGAGGUCACCGGUGCCACUGGGUUUCGUUGUGCUGCUGGUAGGCCUCACGGUAGGAGGAGGACCCACCCCCGGCUCGGCCGCACCUUCCCUGUCCGCCAAAUCGUGGCCCUCGAUGAAGACGUACGACAUUUGGGGAGCGCCAGCGGGCCACCAGCAGGACCCGGAGUCAGGGGCAAGGUCGAGCGAUUCCUUUGACCUAGUUACGAACCGGUACGGCAACGGGACGGCAACCGGUUCCGUGCGGCGCAGCCGGUACAGCUACGGCGAAUCGACCGGUGUCGCUUCCUUCUACGGUGACGCAAGCAGCCGGCAGCAGGGCGGCACAAGACGGCGCUCCGGGAAAGUGCUGAACUUCCUGCCGGUACCGGUCGAUGACGAAUGCCUGUCGGAUGAUGGUCGCCGGACGGGCAUGUGCAUGAACGUGUACGAGUGCCGCAUAGGGGGCGGAACGGCACGGGGCCAAUGUGCACUCGGCUUCGGCGUGUGCUGUGUGUUCGUUGCCACCUGUAACGAGGAGAUUGUGAACAACAUUACCUACUUUGUGUCGCCCUCGUUCCCCGGCAUCGUGCCGAAGGAUCUGGGCAGCUGCAAGCUGAAGAUUAAGCUGAUGAAUCCCGACAUCUCGCAGCUCAAGUUUGAUUUCAUCCACUUCGCGCUGGGUCAACCGAAUCGACGAACGGGGGUGUGUGAAGGCGACCUGUUCCGGCUGAUCGGAGGCAUCAGUCCGUUUGAUCUGUGCGGACAAAACUCGGGCCAGCAUCUGUACUACGAUUUGAACCCGAAAAGUCGCGCCGAGGAGCCGAUUGAGCUGGAGAUGAACUUUGCUUCCCGGUCGUUCGCACAGCGGCUGUGGGAGAUUCGUGUGUCACAGAUCCCGUUCAGUCAGCGGUCGCCGAGCGGAUGCAUGCAGUACUACACCGGAUCGGAGGGUCUGAUACAGACGUUUAACUUCGCGGAGAAUGGGCGGUAUCUAGCGAACCAAAACUACCGUGCCUGUAUCCGGCAGGAGAAGGGUAUGUGCUCCGUAUCGUACGAACCGUGUGAUGAUCAAUCGUUUCGGAUUGGAUUGCCGGGUUCGGGCGGACAGGGAGCACCGGGAGGAGCAGGAGGAGGCCCACUAGGGGGCAUCGGAUCGCCAGGAGGAUCGGCGGGACCAACCACCGGAACUGGACCGUUUUCCGAUCCAUCGUUAGCGGAUGAUCCUCUUGCCCCGGCAGCCGAUAUCCCAGUGGAACCUUCCCCAGUUGCAGAUCCAAUCGUGGAAGCACCAUCUCCAGAAGCACCAGCGGCCGAUUUGGAAACGGCAGCCGAUGAACCAGUUCCGGCAGAGGAAGAUCCCGAUGUUGCUGCCGAUGAGCCAGCGGCGGAUGAGGAAGGAUCUGGAGGUGGCGGUGGUGGAUUCUUUGAUGGGUUUUUCCCAUCGUUUUUCUCUCGUAGCAUCUUUGAUGAGGAAGAAGAACAUAUCAAAGCUCCGAAAAAACGCAAAGGUAAGGCAAUGUCACGUGCCGACUGGCACGCUCGUCAGUUCGAGGGCAUCAACUGUCUCGAUCGGAUCACAUUACCGUGCAUCGUGGAGGACUUCAUAGGCGUAGGGAUGGGUGAUUUGCCCAGCUGCCGACCGGUACACUGUGGUAACUCGCUGUGCCCGCCGGGAGUUUCACCGUGCCGGGUGGAGACGUCCGUUACACCGUUUCGGCUCGGAAUACACUUUGGCGAGGGAAUCGAUCGAGGUAGUCCGGAAGAUAAUAUCGGCGCGUGUAUCCGGUACAAUCAAAUUCCUUGUGCGGGAUAGACUGUGUGAGUGAGUGCUUCGUGAUUUGUACAGGAAGAAGAAGCGGCGAGAAGUCUGUAAAAAAACUAGGUUGUAGCUGUGUGUGUUUGUAGACUGGGUGGGGAGUGUGCUGAAUGUAUUUAUUUGCCAUGAACGAGUGCGAUGAAAAUGUAGGUUAGUACACGUGUAGACAGUAAAAGGUACGUAGAAGAAGAGAAGUAUUAGGUUACUGUGCAAAUCGUCAUGCGACUUGGUUCGAUUGCACUGCAUUUCAUUAAUUCUUCAUCACAUCACUCUUCUUAAUACGAAAAUGCAUUAUAGAAUAGAUCUCUACCACUGCACCACUCGAUUAGUAAUGUACUGUCCUGCACUGGAGGUUUCAGUUGAACGUAUAUUCAGAGUUCCUAUCGAAAGGAACUCGUCCAAUAGCCUUGACACUGGCUGUACCAUAAUUUAUUAUAGAAAUAAACAAACAA